GAAGCCGAGUUUUUGAGGAAGCGAAGUUCUUGAGGAAGCCGAGAAGUUCUUGAGAAAACAUAAGUUUUUUAGUGGAAAGGCAGCGUUUUGAAUAUUCUCUAGAGACACCAAUGGAAAACUGGGAUUUGUCAAGUGAUGAAAAGCAAGAUUGGAAUGCUCCAGAAUUGGACCUUAUUGAAGAACAGAAUCCAGUAACUCAUGAUGAUGAGAAUGCAAAUCCUGAAGAAGUAGUUGGAGAUACACGAUCUCCAGUACAAAAUAUUCUGGGAAAAUUUGAAGGUGACAUUAACAAGACGCUUCACAUAAAAAGAAAACGCAUGGAAACUUAUAUCAAAGAUUCUUUCAAAGACAGCAACCAGAAAUUAGAACAACUUUGGAAAACGAACAAACAGGAGAGAAAGAAGAUUAACAACAAAUUUUGUGAGCAGUAUAUAACUACAUUUCAGAAGUUUGAUAUGGAUGUCCAGAAAUUCAAUGAAGAACAAGAAAAAUCAGUGAACAAUUAUCAAAAGGAAGAACAAGCAUUAAAACUGUCCAAAUGUAGUCAGAGCCAGACUCUGGAAGCAAUUAAAGACAUGCAUGAGAAGUACAUGGAGGGUCUGAUGAACUUGGAGACCAACAACUACAAUGUGCUUUUUGAUGUAGAUGGUGAACUGAGAAAAGAAAUGUCAGUGUUUAAAAAAGACCUCAUGAAGCAUACUCUGAAGUACUCUUCUACUUUCCCAUCUUCAGACUAAGGAAGCAUGCAUAUUUUGCACUUGCUGGUACAUUUGCAACCAAAUAAAAAAUUCGCUAACUUUUUUGUCUCUUAUGAAACAGAGUUUGAAAGGCUCUUUAAUCCUUGUUAUUCUGAAGAUUCUAAGAAGGAAGUUAACCCCCAGUGAAGGGAUUACAAAGUUAACUAGGAGGUAUACCUUUAGAGUCAAAAUCGAACUCCUUUAUUUUUAAACACCUAAAUAAUUUUCUUGUUUAAAUGUAAGAGCCUCUUUAUAUUAACUUCCAAAUAAAAUGUAAAUGAAU